AGAAGCGCCCACAUUGCCUUGGGACUAGUUGAUGCCCGGUGGGUGCACGUCGCGGUUCCUUCCCCUGCCAGAGGGGCUUGCAAGAGGGGUUUGGAGGUUUCAGUGUGUGUGGGAUGCGGACCUCACCCAGACCCCAUCUUCCAAGCUGGGUCUGGACCCAGGGGGAACUAGGAAGAAGGAGAUGGGCACCCCAAAAGCCCCAUCCCCACGAUCUUAUCUAGAGCGUUAGUAAGAUAAUAAUAGUGAUUUUAGCUUAUUGCAUGCCAGGGCCGGGCCCUUUCCCUGCCUCAUCUCAUUGAAUCCUCCCAGCAACCCUUUGAGAUAGUGACUAUUACGUGCCCAUUUUCCAAAUGAGGAAACAGGCUGAGAGAAGUUGCUUCCUGACGAAUCCGACAUUGCGCUAUUAAAACAUUCUCUUUUCUGCGUCACUGUUUUAAAUCAGUAAUAUCCGUGGAAUCGUUGACAGACCCUCCCGGGAGAUACUGGGGACCUCAGGAAGCCUGGCCCUUUGAAAGAGAAAAAUCAUUGUGAUGAUAAAGCCAAUAAUAAGGACUUCAUUCUUGCUCUUCUCCGAUGUUAUUUUUUCAUGCCUAUUAUCAAGGGUAACCACGAGGGGAAAAUCCUGUAGUAAUUACAUCAAAACACAAAGACAGACAGCAGAAUAGGAAACGAGGAACAACGGAUCUGCAAAACAACCAGAAAACAACAAAAUGGCAAUGAUGGGGAAACUGAGGCCCAGCAUGGCUAAAUGACUUGCCUGAGUUGACACAGGAUUCACCUUCCAGGUCUGUCUGACCACACCUGUCUGCCUGGUUAUUUUGGAAAGCCCAGCCAGCUGUCAAGAGCAUGCCUCUGUGCCAUUGCGGGGCCACCACCAGGGGCAGAAAGCCCGAUGGGGAUGAAGCUCAGCCCAUGGCCACCAGAGGAGGCUUGAAGGUUCUUCUACACUGGGCUGGCCCUGGUGGUGGGGAGCCCUGGGUCACCUUCAGCGAGGCUACACUGACGGCAGAGGAGGUCUGCAUCCACAUCGCACACAAAGUCUGCAUCACUCCACCCUGCUUCAAUCUCUUCGCCCUCUUUGAUGCCCAGGCCCAGGUCUGGCUACCUCCAAACCACAUCCUAGAUAUCUCUGGAGACAGGAGCCUGACAUUGCACUUCCGCAUGAGGUUUUAUUUCCGGAACUGGCAUGGCAUGAAUCCUCAGGAGCCGGCUGUGUACCGCUGCGGGCCCCCAGGGGCUGAGGCUUCCUCAGAACAGGCAGAGAAAGGGAUACAACUCCUGGACCCAGCCUCCUUUGAGUACCUCUUUGAGCAGGGCAAGCAUGAAUUUGUCAAUGACGUGGCAUCGCUGUGGGAGCUGUCAAGUGAGGAGGAGAUCCACCACUUUCAGAACGAGAGCCUGGGCAUGGCCUUCCUGCACCUCUGCCACCUUGCUCUCCGCGAUGGUGUCCCCCUUGAGAAGGUGGCCAAGAAGAUCAGCUUCAAGGACUGCAUCCCAUGCUCCUUCCGACGGCAGAUCCAGCAGCACAACGUGUUGACACGGCUGCGCCUGCGCAGCAUCUUCCGCAGGUUCCUGAGGGCCUUCCAGCCGGGAUGCCUCUCCCAGCAGGUCGUCAUGGUUAAAUACCUGGCCACGCUGGAGCAGCUGGCACCCCGCUUUGGCACAGAGCGCGUGCCCGUGUGCCAUCUCGAGCUGCUGGCCCAGGCCGAGGGGGAGCCCUGCUACAUCCAGGACGGCGGGCAGGCCUCUCUGGACCCCGAGUCUGCCCCCGGACCCCCCACCCACGAGGUGCUGGUGUCGGGCACUGACGGCAUCCAGUGGCGGCUAAUACAGGCAGAGGGUCCCUGUGGUGGUGCUGAUGGUGACAGCAGCAGGAAUCCCCGUGCUGGCCCAUCUGGGAAGAAAGCCAAGGUCCAAGAAGAGGGCAACCAGCCAGCGGACAGGCCUCGGGAGACACCAUGGGCCUACUUCUGUGACUUCCAGGACAUCACUCACAUGGUGCUGAAAGAACGCCGUGUCAGCAUUCAUUGUCAGGACAACAAGUGCCUGGAGCUGACCCUGCCUUCCCGGGCUGCGGCCCUGUCCUUGGUGUCAUUGGUGGAUGGCUAUUUCCGCCUGACCGCCGACUCGAGCCACUACCUAUGCCACGAGGUGGCUCCUCCACGGCUGGUGAUGAGUAUCCAGGACGGUAUCCAUGGACCCCUGCUGGAGCCAUUCGUGCUGGCCAAGCUUCGGCCCGAGGAUGGCCUCUACCUCAUUCACUGGAGCACCAGCCACCUCAACCGCCUCAUCCUCACGGUGGCGCAGCGUGACCAGGCAUCUGGCCCGAAGGGCUUGCGCCUGCGGAAGUUCCCCAUAGAGGUACAAGCUGGGACCAUCACGCUGGAGGGCUGGGACCAGCCCUUCCCUAGCGUGCGGGAGCUGCGGGCUGCCCUGCAGGGAUGCUCCCUGCGGGCCGGCAACGACUGUUUUUCCCUGCGCCGCUGCUGCCUGCCCCGGCCAGGAGAGAUCUCCAACCUCAUCAUCAUGCGGGGGUCUCAGGCCAGCACCAGGCCACUCAACCUCAGCCACCUCAGCUUCCACCGCGUCCGCCAGGAAGACAUCACCCAGCUGUCCCACUUGGGCCAGGGCACAAGGACCAACGUGUAUGAGGGCGUCUUGCGAGUGGAGGGCGGAGGCCCCGAGGAGGACAAGGCAGGUGGCAGGGACCCCGCAACGGCCGACGAGGGCCGUGGGCAGGACCUGCGAGUGGUUCUCAAGGUGCUAGACCCCGGUCACCAUGACAUCGCCCUGGCCUUCUAUGAGACAGCCAGCCUCAUGAGCCAGGUCUCCCACGUGCACCUGGUCUUCGUGCACGGCGUCUAUGUGCACGGCUCCGAGAACAUCAUGGUGACGGAGUACGUGGAGCAUGGGCCCCUGGACGUGUGGCUGCGGCGGGAGAGAGGCCACGUGCCUCUGGCCUGGAAGUUGACAGUGGCCCAGCAGCUGGCCAGCGCCCUCAGCUACCUGGAAGACAAGAGUCUGGUUCAUGGCAACGUUUGUGGCCGGAACAUCCUGCUGGCACGGCUGGGGCAGGCGGAGGGCACCAGCCCCUUCAUUAAGCUGAGUGACCCGGGCGUGGGCCUGAGCGCCCUCUCCAGGGAGGAGCGAGUAGAGCGGAUCCCUUGGACAGCCCCAGAGUGCCUGUCUGGUGGAGCCAACAGCUUAAGCACCGCGGCGGACAAGUGGGGCUUUGGAGCCACCCUCCUGGAGAUCUGCUUUGAUGGGGAGGCCCCUCUGCAGGGCCGUAGCCCCUCCGAGAAAGAGCGCUUCUACCAAAAGCAGCACAAGCUGCCGGAGCCCUCAUGCCCAGAGCUGGCCACACUCACCAGCCAGUGCCUGACUUACGAGCCAGCCCAGCGGCCAUCCUUCCGCACCAUCCUGCGUGACCUCACUCAGCUGCAGCCCCAAAAUCUCUUUGAUGUCUUGUCUGUGAACCUGGACUUGCCUGUGUCAGAUCCCACGGUUUUCCACAAGCGUUAUUUGAAAAAGAUCCGGGAUCUGGGCGAGGGUCACUUCGGGAAGGUCAGCCUAUAUUGCUAUGACCCCACCAACGAUGGCACUGGUGAGAUGGUGGCAGUGAAGGCCCUUAAGGCAGGCAGCGGUCCCCAGCUCCGCACGGGUUGGCGGCGAGAGAUCGACAUCCUGCGCACGCUCUACCACAAGCACAUUGUCAAGUACAAGGGCUGCUGCGAGGACCAAGGUGAGAAGUCGGUGCAGCUCGUCAUGGAGUACGUGCCCCUGGGCAGCCUCCGAGACUACUUGCCCCGGCACAGCGUCGGGCUAGCCCAGCUGCUGCUCUUCGCCCAGCAGAUCUGCGAGGGUAUGGCCUACCUGCACGCGCAACACUAUGUGCACCGAGACCUGGCUGCGCGCAACGUGCUGCUGGACAACAACAGGCUGGUCAAGAUCGGGGACUUCGGCCUAGCCAAGGCCGUGCCCGACGGCCACGAGUACUACUGCGUGCGCGAGGAUGGGGACAGCCCGGUGUUCUGGUAUGCCCCAGAGUGCCUGAAGGAGUGUAAGUUCUACUAUGCAUCCGACGUCUGGUCCUUUGGGGUCACCAUGUAUGAGCUGCUGACCUAUUGUGACUCCAGCCAGAGUCCCCCUUCGAAAUUCAUUGAGCUCAUAGGCCACACCCAGGGACAGAUGAUGGUGCUGAGGCUCACUGAGCUGCUGGAACGAGGGGAGAGGCUGCCGCAGCCAGAGAAAUGUCCCUGUGAGAUCUAUCUGCUCAUGAAGAACUGCUGGGGAACAGAGGCCUCAUCCCGGCCGACCUUCCAGAACCUCAUACCCAUCCUCAAAAUGGUCCAUGAGAAAUACCGAAGCCAGGCCCCCUCAGUAUUCAGUGUCUGCUGAAGCCCACCAGCAGCUCUGCUUGGGGGAGAUUGGAGCAGGCAGGACCCACAGAGAGGGCCUCCCGCUCACUCCCUGCCCCAAGGAGAGCUCACAAGUGGGAGGUCAGCUUCACCGACUUCCUGUGCUGUGCUCCUGUCCGGAGAACACAUCUCUGUGAACUGACUUCCCUUGCCUUAGUCUCUUUGGGCUGCUAGAACGAGAUACCACAGACUGUGUGGCUUAUAAAUGACAAAAAUGUAUUUCUCACAGUUCCAGAGUCUGGGAAGUCCAAGAUCAAGGCAUCAGCCUAGUCAGGUCUUGGCGAAGGCCCUCUUCCUGGUUCAUAGCCUGUGCCUUCUCACUAUGUCCUCCCAAGGUGGAAGAGGACAAAGGAUCUUUCUGGAGCCUCUUUUAUAAGGGCACUAAUUGCUUUAGUGAGGGCCCCAUCCUCAUGACCUAUGCAGCUCCUAAUACCAUCACAUUGGGCAUUAGGAUUCCAACAUAUGACUCUUGAGGGGACACAGACAUUCAAACCAUAAAACCUUCCAAGGUAAUGAGCCUGACCCAGGCUCCUGAGGGACCCAGGACAACAGGGAGCUAACCAGGCCCUUGAAUCUGAUCUUUCUGCCGUCCUCCAGCACCCGCCCUUGGAGCCCACUAUCUCCCCUAGCUAGUAAUAGACUCAUAUUUCCUCUGCUAGAGGCAUGGUCCCUGGGCUCCUCUUCAGCAGAGUCUGCUCUCCUGGGGACUGCAGCUAGGGCAAGACACUCACUGCAGAAGCCAGAUUCAGCUAUUCAACCUUUGCUCACCUAUGAAUCACCAGCCAGCAAUUAAACCAGUGCCUGGAACACAGAAGGCCCUCAAUCUGUAUGUUAAAUAUGUCAGCAAAGGUCCCCUAAGGGGGACCACAUGCCACGUAGAUAAGAUUGCCAGUUUCACCCUUUUCUCACUGUGUGACCUCAGGCAAGUGGCUUCCCUUCUCUGGGCCUUAGCUCUCAACUAUGAACUGGGGAUGGGCGUGCUUGCUACCUUGUAGGACUAAUGUAAAGAGCUAAUGAGGUCAUGUUUGUCAAAUGCUUAUCAGAAAGAUAUACAAACAAGUGCUUAAUAAACAUUUGAUAGUAUUGUUAA